UGUCAUUUGGAUUUGAGCGAUUUGAGUGUCAUUUAACAUAUCAAUAAUCAAAAGACAAAAACCUUUCAAAAACUCAGAAUUUAGUACAAAGAUUUAGUAUUUUCGAUAUUAUUUACCCUGGCACUGUGUGUUAGUUUGUAAAAUACUAGCUUAUUAUAGCGGCAUAUUCUUAGAGAGUUUGUUUUUUUUAAAUUGAUAAUAAGCAUUCGAAAUGGCAGGACCUAUGGAUAGAAUACAAGUUUUGGACGAUAUUGAAAAAGACAUAAUAACAUGUUUGCAAUGUGCAGCACAAGCUCUUCUUGAAUUGGGUAAAGAGAAAUCUAGCCAGAAGCAAGCAGAGAGUAACACUUCUCAAUUUUUAAGAACACUUAGUCAAGUCGAAUCUAAAUUGAGUGAUCAAAUAAAUUAUCUCACACAAGUUUCCACAGGGCAGCCACAUGAGGGUUCUGGAUAUGCAUCUCAAAAAGUUUUACAAAUGGCCUGGCAUAGACUGGAACAUGUUCGGUCUUGGAUAAAUGAGUUGGAGAGACUCAAAGCAGCUCAUUUAGCUGCAAGUAAUAGGUCUGUUGCCAAUGUACCUAAUGGUGGAAUGACUUCGUCUGGCACUAGUACUUAGGGAUAGAUAUUUAUGUAAUAUAUUUUGUUUCAAUGAAUGAUGUUAACAACAAUGUAUCUUGUUGAUAUUGCAAUCCACACAGUUACAUACUUCAUUUGGCAAUACAUUGUAUAUUAAAUUUUUGCUAUUCAUGUCUAAGAAUAAACCAGAAUAUACAGGGUGUAAUCGUUAAGUGUGCACAGGCGAUUAUUCUGUAACUAUUGCAGAUAUCAAAAAACUAAACUUGGUAUCGAAAGCCCUUUACCUAAUGAGUAAAAUGACAAUAAUAUCUUUUAAAAAAAACGGGACAUAUCCAAAAAUUUUACAUCAAACACACCCAUACAUUUAGUAUGAGAUAUGACUAUUCCCAACAUGUAAUAUGAAAGGUUAUGGUUCUUUUUUUUUGGUUUUGUGCUUAAAUUAAUUCGCAAAUUUUAAUAAAAAUUAAUUUAGAAACUGUAAAUAGAGCUUGAUGUGAAAUACAAUGGUAUUCCAAGACGAGGAUGUCACUUUGAACAUUUGCUUUGAAUACAAAAUGUAUGGGCGUGUUUGAUGUAAAAUUUUUGGAUAUUUCCCGUUUUUUUUUUCUUAAAAAAAAACUUUAAAAAAAAAAAAAACGGGAAAUAUCUAAUAAAGUUUUUUGAUAUCU